UCACCUUUUACUUUACAUAUUUUGGACAAAUACAAGAAUUAAUUUUUUUUGAAAAAUAAAUAAUGGCUAAGCCGUCGUCGGAAGGAGAUUCUUCGACGGCAUCACGGACCGGUUCACGUUCCACGAUGGGGGAAUCAUCGUUGAAAGGUUGCGGUUUUUCGAGUUUUACCGGUUUUAGGGCUGAGAAGGAAGAUGUUCUGAGGCUGGCGAUGCCUCUAUAUCUACGCUUGGCUAUGCUUGAUUGUAUUAAGAAAAAAGACGUCGACGCCGGUGACCAGCAUUUUCAAACGAGCAGCUCCGAAGAUGAUCCUUGUGAAAAUCCUGUCGUCGUUUUUAUUAACCCUAAAAGCGGCGGCCGGAAUGGUUCCGUCCUUCAAGACCGUCUCCAGCAUAUGAUUAGCCAAGAGCAGGUAUUUGACCUCCAUAAUGUGAAACCGGAUGAAUUUGUACGUUAUGGAUUGGGUUGCCUUGAGAAGCGGGCUGAAAAAGACAAUUGUGCCAAAGAGGCAAGGAAGAACAUCAGGGUUGUGGUUGCUGGUGGUGAUGGUACAGUUGGUUGGGUGCUUGGAUGUCUUGGAGUGCUUCAUGAAAAGGAUCAGUUUCCGGUUCCUCCUGUAGCUAUUAUUCCUCUUGGUACGGGCAAUGACUUAGCUAGAAGUUUCGGUUGGGGAGGUUCAUUUCCUUUUUCCCGGAGAUCAGCUAUUAAGAGAGCUUUGCAAAGAGCUACUAACGGUCGAAUUUGCCAUUUAGAUAGUUGGCAUGUUGUGGUGCAAAUGCCUGGCGGAGAAGUUGUUGAUCCUCCCCAUUCUUUGAAGACUACCGAAGUGUGUGAUGUUGAUCAGAAUUUGAAGAUUGAAGGGCGUGUUCCAGACAAAGUAAACUGCUACGAAGGAGUUUUCUAUAAUUACUUUAGCAUAGGAAUGGAUGCGCAAGUGGCUUAUGGAUUUCAUCAUUUACGUAAUGAGAAACCUUACCUUGCACAAGGUCCUAUUUCAAACAAGAUUAUUUACUCCGGUUACAGUUGCAGUCAGGGUUGGUUUCUCACACCUUGCAUGAGUGAUCCAAGUUUAAGGGGACUCAAUAACAUUUUAAGUAUCCACAUUAAAAGGAAGAACUCCUCAAAAUGGGAGCCGAUCGAAAUCCCUAGAAGUGUGAGGGCCAUUGUUGCUUUAAAUCUUCAUAGUUAUGGAAGUGGGCGAAAUCCAUGGGGUAAUCUAAAACCCGAUUACUUGCAAAAGAGAGGCUUUGUCGAGGCCCAUGUUGAUGAUGGUAUACUAGAAAUUUUUGGCUUAAAGCAAGGAUGGCAUGCAUCGUUUGUAAUGGUUGAGCUCAUAUCUGCAAAACACAUCGCACAGGCGUCAUCGAUUCGAUUGGAGUUAAGUGGUGGAGAUUGGAGAGAUGCAUUUUUGCAAAUGGAUGGGGAGCCAUGGAAACAACCCAUGAGCAAAGAGUAUUCCACCAUUGUGGAAAUUAAAAGGGUGCCAUUUCCGUCAGUAAUGGUCAAUGGAGAGUGACAUUGGGCUAAUCCCAUUUCUUUCUCUCGUGUUUUGUAAAUCAUUACGGUUGGCUAGUGGUUAAGCCUUUUGUUGGCAGCAUCAUCACCGAAGUGUGUUGUAAAUUAUUGUUCUUUUACCCCCCAGUGAAUAGGAGCUAAUCGGUGAACUUCAUUCAUAGAAUACGCCAUGUUCUAUUUUUUUUAAUAGGAAUGUAAUUUAACAAUAUUUUCCUACUUCUAUUUUCAAAAUGUCCAAUUUGAUACUUGAAAUUUAA